CAGCUGGGUGAGGCGCACUCACCGCGCAUGCGCAGUGUUAUCGACAUCAUGUCCGUGAGAAACGUCGGCUGCUAGUCCACGAAUGUCCAGCGAGAUAAUUAUCUAUUCUUUGUUUUGUAUUUAAUUUUAUAAAUGUAAAGAUGAUUCUUACAGUAAAGCCUCUUCAAGGAAAAGAGUGUAAUGUUCAGAUGUGUUCUUUUGAUGCACAGGUGACAGAAAAUGAAAAGGUAUCGACUGUAAAAGAGUUGGUAUCAGAGCGUUUAAACAUCCCUCCAAGUCAGCAGAGACUGCUGUAUAAAGGAAAAGCGCUUGCAGAUGAACACAGAUUGAGUGAUUAUUCCAUUGGACCGGAGGCCAAGCUGAAUCUGGUAGUGCGGCCGGCGGGAGAGAGGAGCAGUGGCGCGGGGGGAACCAGCAGCUGUAAUAAUGAUAAAGCAGGCAGUGGCGUAUGGCAGUUAUUGUCUACUGUCCUAGCCAAACACUUCAGCCCAGCCGAUGCAGCAAAAGUGCAGGAACAACUUAUUAAGGAUUAUGAGCGCUCCCUCAGACAGCUCAGUCUGGAUGACAUUGAGCGUCUGGCCAGCCGCCUGCUUCAUCCUGAGACAGAGGCCAUGGAUACCUCAUACAUGGACUAAAACACACUAGACUGAUGGAAAAACUCAAGCUCCAUUGGACUCCCCCUACCACUUAUAUGGUUUGAAACGUCCAGGUCAGGGAGUAGGAUGUACUUCAUAUGGACUUUUAGGGAGGGAAAAAAGUCAGACGUCCCCCUCACAUCACAGACUGGGCUUCUCUGAUGUUCAAGAGGCCACGAUGCUUACCAUUGCUUUCCCAUCAGAGGAAACCGGUGGUGCUUUUAGUGCAACUUUGUAAAUAAUGUGUGCAAAUGGUUAAACGAUAAUAAAAAGUGUUCUUGAUCA